AGGCUUUGUAGUAGAUGGUGUUUGUCAGUGUUACCACAAAUGGACUGGUGCAUUAUGUGAUAUAUACAUGGAUGGGAGUUGCAGUACCAUGGACACAUGGAAAAAGCGAUACAAGUUAGGAGAUGGAAAUAUAGAUGAUAUGAAAACUGAUCUGGUUAAUCAAAUCAAUGUUGGUUCAAGGGUUGCUGUACUUCAAGAAGAUUCUGGUAAACAAAGGCUUUACAAACCUACUAUUGUUUAUGGAGGCUUGACAGAUGAAAGGCUGUACGCCCAAAUCUCCAACGAGUUGGGCCUAAAUGGAAAUGUCUUUGCGCCAGUUGCGGAGAGAUUACAUCGAACGUUUUACAUAGACAAUACGUUAAUGGUGGCUAGUCAGUUUGAUAAUAUUUCACAUAUCUCCAAUACAUCCUACACUUGGUUCACUAAAACUGAUUUACACCAUUGUUUCAACAAGACAUCAUUAGGCAAUCGUCAUAGUUCUGCCGACGACUGCUUCACACAAAUACAAAAUGGAGGCGAACUAUACGUAAAAGUUGGAGAAAAGGGUGGCUUUGCUAGCUUUGAAAGGAAAACGCCAGAAAUGAAUGAUUUUGUCUUUUCCUUGCCGUUUCACCCGUCUCUGAUUAACAGCGACCAGACAUCUACAACGCCACCGACAUGGGCCAUUGUGGUUGGAAGUUCUGCGUCUACCAGAAUAUCAAUCUUGACAGCUGAGUUGAGCAAAGGGGCGACCACUCAUAAUAUUGUUACGUCAUUAGAGUACAUCGAUUUCUAUGUUGGACCAUGCUGGUACCAAGUUUACCACAAAGAUGUCACAGGAACAGACGAGGGUUCCUAUGAUUCCUUACUGGAUGCCGUUCUGUCAGGGAAAAGAAUCAGAGUCAAAUUUGACUCACACGAAAAGGUGUUAACUGUGGACAUGAUCUCCAUUCUUGGUAACAAGUUAAAAGCCAAUUUUAAAGUGUUGCCACAUACGGCUAGUAAUGAUGAAAACAUUUUACCAUUUAUAAGGUUUUACCAAAUCGCUACUGACGGCAAUAUGUCUUACUGCUCUGUGGAUCUAGAGUCGGAUAACAUUCAUGAUGACCAUGAAAUCGAUGUUCCGACAUCUUCUUAUUGGUAUGUUGAAUCGAGAGCAUGGCGCCUGGUGCUGAAGGUUAGCGACACAGGAGAGGUGGUGGCAGGGUCUAUCGAUGCAUUAAAACAAGCUAUACAGGACGGGCAGGGUAUAAGGGUUCAAUUGACCAGCAACUCGGUCGUCUACAUUGUAGAUGUUAAUGUUGCAGAGUUGAAAUCGGACGGUGAUGUUAUUUUUCAAUCUGGACCCCACCUUCACGCGCAGGUUACAACAAAUUGUUACGUUAUUACCUUUCUUAUCGAUAACAAUUUUAAAGUUACCACAAGACAAUGGAGCUUAGUCAGCGAUCACGUCAUUGAUAUUAGUUCUGAUUUUAUUUCAUUUGGAAUCACCUGGUUCAUUGAUGAUUAAAUUCGACCGUUCUGAAAAGACAUGUUUUACUUCCUCCACUCAAAAUCGUAAAUCGUCAGUCUACACUGCUCUACUAAGCCAUUGUAUUACUAUAGUUACUUGUACAUUUUACAUAUAUAUAGUGUAUUUUCUUUU